AAAGUAACAUUACGUCAAAAGUUAUCAAAUUUCAAAAGAGACAUGAUUUGUUGUAACAUGCGCUCGUAAAAUCGAACUCUUACAACCGUUUUGAGGAAAAACUUAUUUUUACAGCUCUGGUGUAUACACAAUGUUAUGGAUUCUUGAGCUGCUGUUUCUGUUUUUGUCAGUGAGUUGUGGCGUCGGGUUCAACGAGGUUGACAAGACCCGAUACGAAGAGGGGAGAACGCAGUACGAAGUUCUACAGAGACGUUCAGAGAACCCACAGUACGGUAAAUGUUGGACCAGCACCGUGGCCAUGAUACAGGAGGGCUGUAGACAUCUUACAGACGUGACUCAGAGCAGGCUAGCGCUGGCCUAUCUGAACUGCUUCUUAGAAGUGCAGGGGAGGUCCCCGUACCAUUGUGAUGAGACUAUGAGCGUGAAAGAGUGCUUACUGGAUGUUACGGAGUCAGACAGAACAUCUCUGACGAAUUUCUUCACGCACACCCACAGCAUAUGUUAUUUUCUGCAGUCUCAGAUCUGGCACGAAAAUACACAGAAUACGAUCACCAGACUUAGCCAGGCAUCAGAUGAAGUGGCAGAGAAUCUGGCAGCAACAACAGACUUACAGAGAGAGGCUCUCAAAAACCAGGAAAUCAUCAUCCAACAGUCAACAAACCUCAGCAAUAUUAUCAACUCAUCGUCCGAAAAUCUUCCAGCGGUUAUGUCAGAUUUUCAGAAGACAACAGAUAAACAACGAAUUCUCAUUAACGAUAUAUUUGACAAGAUCGUCCACCUUCAGAAGACUAUGUUGGGAGAGUUUUCUGGGUUUUACUCUAUUGUGUAUUACACUGUGUCUAUAGUGUUAUCUUAUCUGUUAACAUCGACUCCCCGCACUGCGGCAGCUAGAUUCUGGAUGUUUGGUAUCGUGACUCUCAAUAUCAUAAUGGAGAGGAUCAUUAUUUCCAUGUUCACCAGUGGUUACGUAGAGGAUGGAAAUAUUGAGGAGUCUGCCUACAGCUGGCACGUUUUCUGUCGUAAAGUCAGUGGAUCUCUAGCGGUGGUCAUACUGGUGAUUCAUGCCGCUCGAUACCGGGACCUUAAUGUCGUCAACAAUCAACUCCUCAUGGACAUCAAAUCAGAGCUGAGACUUCUACGUUACAAAGAAAGGGGACACAAUUCAGAUGAGGUUGAUCACAUCCUUCCAGGUGUACAGGAAGCAGCCCUCACCGGCCCAGGGCGGGUGUCGACACCCCCUCUCCACCACACCCACACCACCGGCCCAGGGCGGGCGUCGACACCCCCUCUCCACCACACCCACACAUCAGCUGCUGCAGACAGUACUGAAGGAUAUGAAUCAGAUUCCGCUUGGAGCAGUUCAUCCGACUUAUCCGAGGAGUCCUCCUACACCGACGUCAGUUACCAUCCACAUCCCACAGACUUUGUCAGGGGAGAUCACUCUAACGCCUCCACCAGUAACUGUGGAUCAUCACACAUCGGUGAGGGGGAAUUGGAAUUCCUGAGAAAUUCCACCCCAAUCCGAGAAGGAAGCUUCCAGAGAAUUGAGGAAUGGAGGAAAACUGGUUACUAUACUACACCAAAUGGAGAUGCCAGUUCCCAUCCCUCUCCUUCCACUUCUGGUGAUUCUAAGAGUGCAUCAUCCAAGUACAAUCUGAGAAAGAGGACACCAACCCAGAUAAAUAAUCCCGCUUUGAGAGUUGAGUCUCCACGAGUAUUCCAAAAUAAAAUCAAAAACCUGGAGCGUCUGGCCUUACUUAAUAGCUCCACACUACGAGAGAGGCUGCAUGACGUCAUCUCAGAUUCUGUCUAUAGGAUCGAGGAAAGAAACUAGGCAGGAAAAGCUGUUAUGAAUAUAACCAUGAUAAUUUAUCUUUGUUUAUGUCACAAGAUUGUUUGUUCGAUUAGUUUUGGUAAAAAGAGCUGUAUCAAAGAAUACUUGCCAGAUUUUACCAUAUGAAAAAAAAAUUAAAUUUUUUUAUUAUUUCGUGUAUAUAAAACUUUCAUUGCCUUUGUUACUAGAUUGUUUUUUAGUGUAUAGAAGUAAGUUCUACUAGUAGUUGACCUUUCUUUUUUAUUAUUUACAUGAAACCCUGCUCUGUGAAUUGUCAGAUGUUGAUUAUUUUGUUUGUUUUGAUUGUUUACAGGCAUCAAGACUGUAUAUGAAAAUUUAUUAUUUAUUUUCAGUUGAAUUGUGAUAGUUUACUUAUUUCAAUUUCCCUGUUUUUUGUUUUUUUUGUUUUUUGGUAGUGCUAUAAACUGAUGCAUGGUAAAUUCAACAUCAUUUUUCUAUCUAAGAUAUUUGACAAAUGUUUAUAUUUAUUUUAUUCAUUAAGGCCAAAAGAAAUGUGUUUUACAAAGUAUGUCAAUUAAGAAGUAGUUUAAAGCCCAAACUCUAGUUAAAAUUUUGAAUGAUUUGUAAAAAUGUGGGAUGGCAUUAUUUUAUUAAUAACCCUAUUGGUACUACUUGCAUGUAGCAAAUAUUUUAAAAGUUUAAGCAAAAAAUUAAAAGACAUUUAUUGAUUCUUUUAAUACAUGUAUGUCAUAAAGUAUACAAAUCUCAGGUUUAUCCAUAAGUGUUCAAAACUAAUAAUGUGUUCAAUAGCAUGUUUAAAUUAUAGUGACUAAAGAUAUUUUUAUUAAAUAAAGUGAACAAGAUCAGGGUGAUGUAAAUAAAGGGACAUUGAACCAAAAUUUGUAUUAGAAAAAAGUUUUUUAAAGUGAAAAAUGAUAUCUCUUGAUUGAUCUUGAAUUUUUUUUUUUUUUGUGUGUUGUUUUUGUUUUAGUUUUUAUUGUGAUUGAUGGUUUUUUUAUGUAAUAGAAACAAGACUUUUUUGAAAAAGAAUUUUAAUUUUUUUAUUGAAUUUUUCACUUUUCUUCCUUGGCAGUCUGUCACAAUAUACCAGUAAUUUAGAUAAUGCUGUACAUGUGUGUCCAUGUUUGAAAAUAUGGGGCAGUUGAUUUUGUGGUUGCUAGUUAAGUGAUUGGUUGUUCAGUUGAUUUUCUGUUUAGAAAGUCAAAAGUCUCUUCCAUACCCACAUAUAAUAUUCUCUGAAUAAUAACUGAAAAAUUCUUUGCUUGAUAGUUAUACACAUGUAUAUAGAAUUUAUAUAAGUUUGGAUACCUAUGGAUAUAUUUUAAUGAAAAUAUUAAUAUCACUGAAUUUUCUGCUACAUUGUAUAUUAUUCAUAGUUAUACACUAGUUAUUGAGAAGCUCAUUACUAAGGAAUUCUUGUAGAUGAUCAUCCUUCCAUAUGAUGUCAAUUUGACUGUGAUGAUGUCAUGAUCCUGAGCAAUAAUCAGGUCAAAGGUCAGUUUGAUAUUUUUUGAGAGAAACUGACUAACUACAUGUAGCAAAUAUUAAUGGAAACUUGGUGUUGUAAGAACAUAAAGGUUGAAUUAUUUGAAUUUUUACCAAGGUACUAUAUUUGUAUUUGAUGCAUGUUUAUUUUUUUAAUGAAUGAUUAUGCAUAGUUUAUAAACCAUAUAUUCCUGCAUUGUUUUGAAGUUUUUUUUUUUUUCUGUUUUCAUAAUAAUACUUUUAGUUAUUACUUUGGUUCUAUAUUCAUAGACCAAUUGAUAACGGCAUUUUUCUUAAAAUUGUGAAACAUGUUUGUAACAAAUUAGAUUGAUAAUGCAUCUUUUGAAUUGUUUUAAAAUUUGCUUUUGAUUAUUUUUUAUACACUGCAUGAGUAUUAUACAGUGUAUUUGAUAUUUUCCGGGUUCUUAGACAUAUGAGCCAAAAACUCAAGUGAACUUCUCUUCUGUUAAGUUUGCAAACUUUUUAUUUGUUUUUUUUUUUUUAGAAUCUUUUUGAUAAUUUUGCCAAAACCUGCCACAAAGACUUUUUAGAGUGAGGACUGUAGAAAUAAUUAAACAUUCUUCUCCAGGUAGAGAAAAUUAAGAGGUUAAUGCCAACUCAAACUUUUCUAAAUCAUGGCCUCAUAGGAUGUGGCAAUUAUGAUUGAUAUUUUUUGUUUACAUUUUUAACAUGUAUACAUGUAACAAGAUGUUCCGUACUAUAUGAAAAAAAACAUCUGUCUCAAGAGCAGCAAGAACAUAUUAUUAUAGUUAUGGGUAAAUGUUAUGCACAUCCAUCUUUUGUAAAUCU